AUGGCAAACAGUACAAAGAGACCGUUACCACCUACACCUUCAAAUAGAAAAUCAAUCAUUGAUCUAAGCUAUGACACAGAAAAUGACAUAUUAAGUCUACAAAAAUGCCUAGAGCAAAAAGAGUCUACCAUCAAUAACCUGAAAAUAAUCGUAAUGGAAUGGAAAAAGAAAGCAAUAGAAUACGAAGCUGCUUAUAACGAAGCAAAGCAACAGCUUGAAGAGCGAGAGCGGUUCUUAAUGAAGCGACAUCAAGCAGAGAUAGAGGCUCUUACCAAAGCUCAAAUUGACCAAACAAAUGAGAAUUUAGACUUGUUGCUCAAGCUAGAAAAUGAAAACAAACAGCUGAAACAGCAGUUACAAAAUAGCCCCACAAAAGAAGAAUACCAGUUACCUAUUCCACCCGUGGCGCCGUUCGUCAGUAACACGAGCCAAUUAUGUAAUACAGCAGAAGUGGCGAACCAGACAGCCACUGCGUCUGUGAUAAAAAGCAGAAAGCAGUCAAACGAGCUAGUUGAACGAAUUAAUGAAAUGAUGAGUGCGAUGGAAGGCACUUUACAUGGUAUAAAAGAUAGCUAUGGUCAAACUGUAAUGGAGGAUACAACACCGCCGUUAAUAAGCGACCUAUCAUCCUCAGAAGAAGAGUAUGAUGCUCAGUCUAUAGAGAUUAUACCCAAGGCAACUAGCAGUAAAAAGAGACUGUCUAGUUUCUUUUUUGGUAGCAAACAUAAGAAAGACGACAUGUUUGUAGAAAAAAAGAAAACUGUAUUUAAAGUGCCUUCUAAUAAAUAG